CUCCUUUUCCAAAAACUAUUCCCGGCAUGCCGUGCUUGGCCGUCACGUGAUCUCGGCGAAGCUGUUGAAGGUGCAGGGACGCUGUCUCGAAACAAUUGUGGAUAUCUUCAGAAUAUGUGCUCACAACUUCCAAUAUCCUAUCUUUUGAUAUUUAUAUAUUACUGCAAUUUAUCUACACUUUGAGAAUAUCCGUAAUUACUAUUAAAAUGUAGGAGAAAUUUGACGGAAUCGAAAGGCCCCUAGGUCAUGUGACGUGAACUGACCAAUCAGAGCUUGCGAAAUUUCAAAGGAUUUUUCUCCACUCAAACAACCCGUUGGAGUAGUAGCUGCCGUAGCCAUUGCUGUUUGUGAGAGAGUGCGAUCGUUAGAUUUUAGAUCGAAAUUCAUCAUGGGAAUUGAAAAUCAUCCUGUCCUCAGAGCCCACCAGCAAUCAUCGUCUGACUCCAGUGCAGGGUACUAACAUAAUAUUUGCUGUAUCGAACCUUUAAAUGUGAAGAUAUAUGAAUUUUUUCGUGAGUGGGUUCCCCAGUCCCUGGGAAGACGGCCAUAAUAACACCAAGGAAAAGCUUCGGCAGAGGCGUAGUGUAGUGUUUUACAAAAAUUGAUAUUGAAUUUCAUCUUCCAGCCUCAGAUUUUGAUAACAAGAUGCACAGCGAUACCAAGGAUGAAUAGACCAAAUCUUCACUGCUUGUGCUGUGAGGAGGUUGUGAAUAAUGGGAGUGUUCCAGCGGUUUGGCAGCUUUGUUCAUGAAGAUUAGCUCUAUUUUAUGUGUGUAUCAGACAGGUGUGGGCAAGACAUGCAGCAGGUUGAAUCAGCUUCUCAAAACAACACAUCUGCUUCAAAGGACAGGGAGAACAGGCUGUGUACAAUGAAUAAGGAGUCAAGUGGGGGCACCCGAUCGGAGGUGAAUGAACCACCUCCUCGGGAAGAGCCCCACCUGGAGCCUGUCAAUGGCGUAGUGCAGCCUCCAGUUUUCCCGCGACCAGACCGUCCGGGCAGACUGACUAAUCAACUUCAAUUUCUUUUGAAGUUUGUUCUCAAGACAGUGUGGAAACACAACUUUUCAUGGCCUUUCCAACAACCUGUUGAUGCCAAAAAGCUGAACUUGCCGGAUUAUCACAAAAUCAUCAAACAGCCAAUGGAUCUUGGAACUAUAAAAAAGCGUUUGGAACACAAUUACUAUUGGAGUGGUAAAGAAUGUAUCCAAGAUUUCAAUACCAUGUUCACAAAUUGCUAUGUCUACAAUAAACCAGGUGAAGAUGUGGUUGUCAUGGCUCAAACAUUGGAAAAAUUAUUUCUCACAAAGGUUGCUGGACUGCCAAAAGAGGAAGUGGAAAUAGAUCCUCCUCCACCCAAAGGACCUAAGGGCAAAAAGGGGCGUAACACUGGUCAAAGGGGCCGACCAGCCUCUAGUACUAGCUCUAGUGGAGCCACUGUUACUUCUAGUGUGUCUACAACUGUUGGGAGUUCACCAAAUGCUGUACAGUCCUCUCCCGCUGCUCCUGCAGCAACAAACACAGGGUCAAGUCAACUUCCUCUCAGCACUCAGGCCCCUACAACAGUUCCUGGAAGUACUGCAACCACCACUGUUCCAACUGCAACGACUCUCACCCAUGGCACCCAUAAUUCUCUCCCUAAACAGGUCGCUGCCCCAGCCAGUGGAUAUCACGUACAACCAGCCCAUACUUCCCAAUUGGAAGGCCAACAAACUGCAACAGCCCCACCACCUCAGCCACCUGCUGCAGGCCCUGUGCAUAGUCAACCUGUAGCACCUCCUGUAAUACCUCCGGCACAACCUGCAAAGGCAGACACAACCACCCCUACUGCAAAUGCCUAUGAUCCUCUGUAUCAACAAUUAGAUGCUAAAUCUGCAAAGAUCUCAACACGAAGAGAAUCAGGAAGACAAAUAAAGAAAGUUGUGAAGGAUUUACCAGGAUUUCAGCCCCAGCGACAGGCAGAAGAUGGCCUCCCUUAUCAGUCAACACUUCCUCUUGUUGGUUCAGCAAUUACUCAGCCUCAGCAUAGUGCAGGAAAACCAAAAGAUAAGCUGAAUGAUUCUUUAAAAGCCUGCAAUGAAAUAUUGAAGGAAUUAUUUACUAAAAAACAUUCAGGAUAUGCGUGGCCAUUUUAUAAACCUGUGGAUGCAGAGCUCUUAGGCUUGCACGACUACCAUGACAUAAUUAAAAAGCCAAUGGAUUUGGGAACAGUAAAACAAAAAAUGGAUAACAGAGAGUAUAAAACAGCUGGUGAAUUUGCAGCAGAUGUAAGAUUAAUAUUCACAAAUUGUUACAAGUACAACCCUCCAGAUCAUGAUGUUGUUGCAAUGGCUCGAAAGUUGCAGGAUGUUUUUGAAAUGAGGUAUGCAAAAAUACCAGAUGAACCCAUGACUUCAGGCCCUAUAGGAGUGGAGAAAACAUCAUCCAGUUCAUCUGGAUCAGAGUCUAGUUCAGAAUCCUCAUCAGAAUCGGAUGAUUCAGAAGCAGAACGUGUGCGAAAACUCGCUUUAUUACAGGAACAGUUGAAAGCAAUGCAGGACCAAAUGCGAAGGUUGGUGGAAGAAAGCACAUCUAAGCGAGGUAAGAAGAAGAAGGAAGAAAAGGAAAAGAAGAAGAAAAAGAAGCCUGAUAAACAUGUUGGUGGUGUGAAAGAUGCACGUUCUGCAUUAGUGAAUGACACUGUGGGUGCUAGUAUUGCAAGUGUAGCAUUAGGUGCUGGUGAUGUGAAAAUGCCAUCAGAAUUGCAUCACAAUGUUACAAAGCCUGCGAAUGCCCAACAUACUCUUCCAUCCGGGCCAGCAGCUACAACUCCUGCCCCUGCUAAGACUGCUAAAGGCAAAGCUUCUCGGGGUGCAGGUAAAACACCUGGUGGUAACACACAACCCAAACGGCCUAAGGCAAAUCCUCGUCCUAAUGGGAAGAAGAAGAGUGCUGUGGCACCACCACCAAUUACAUUUGAUUCUGAAGAUGAAGAUAAUGCAAAACCAAUGUCAUAUGAUGAAAAGAGGCAGCUCAGUCUCGACAUUAAUAAAUUGCCAGGAGACAAACUUGGAAGAGUGGUCCACAUCAUCCAGUCUCGGGAACCAUCAUUGAGGGAUUCUAAUCCUGAUGAAAUUGAAAUCGAUUUUGAGACUUUAAAGCCAUCUACAUUGCGGGAACUGGAGUCAUAUGUCGCCUCCUGUCUUAGGAAAAAGCCACGUAAGCCAUACUACAAAAAACUUUCAGGAAAAUCCAAGGAUGAACAAAUGGCUGAAAAGAAGCAAGAACUAGAGAAAAGGCUACAAGAUGUGACUGGUCAACUUGGAACUUCAAAAAAGGCUAUUAAAAAAGAAGAGAACAAGUCAGUUGAUGUUGUAGGUGGACAUCCUCAUCUUUCUCCUUCAACAUCGAGCAGUUCAGAUUCCGAUUCCAGCAGCUCGAGUCUUUCCAGCAGUACAUCCGACUCAAGUGAUUCUGAAGCAGGUCGGAAUGGAAGACCACCUCGCAAGAAAAAUAAAAAGAAUGCCCAUCAAGCGAAACCACUUGCAGCUACUCCUCCAGCAGCCACAACCUUGGCUGCUCCUACCUCUGCUCCCAGCAUAGUUUCAACUGUGGCAGGUACUGUUCCAGCAUUGACUAUGACAUCUAGUCAAGUGGCUGGCAGUGCACAGCCAGUGAAUCGAAAAGCUACUGCUUCUGUUACAAACAGCGCAGUCCCUAGUGGAGUUCAUCAGGGAAAACAAGCUGGAUCCUCUGAACCUGUAAUGGUUAAAGAUGCAUCUUUUAUCAUUUACCCUGUACUACCUAAUCCUGUACAUUCCACUGGUUCUUCUGCAGUACUCGUAAAGAAAUCUGUCCACCAAGGUUCUUCUACAUCCAAACCAAAUAUCCUUAUCCUGGAAGCAGUGGCUGAAGCUGCUUCUGUGAAAAAGGAACCUGCAUCUCCUGCUGGGUCUGCUGCUGCUACUUCUGCAUCCACUGUUCCAAAUUCUAGUGCUCCUGCUGCUGCUCCAACCCCAGCUACUACUCCAGCUCCUGUUUCAGGUCCAGAUUUUGCUAGCAAGCCCGCCAGCCUUCCUGCUGCACCUCCUUUGUCCAUACCUCCUGUUGCUUCACCACCCAACACAAUGGUUCAGUUUCCACCUACAACUGCCAGUGUUAUCAACCCGCCUAUUGCAAUGCAUCCUGGGUUUGAUUUGUCUAUGAAUUCCUCUCCACCAUCCUUGCCUCCUCUACCCCAACAGCAGCAGUUGCAGCAACCCCCAACGCAGCCACCUGCACAUCCUCCACAACCAACUGUGGUGCCACCACAGCAGCACACAAGUAAUGGUUUUCCACAUAUUGCAAGCCAUCCUGCAAUUACAGCUGUACAGCAACCUAUCAAAUUGGAGUCAUCUAGUCCUGGAGGUGGAGUAUAUAAUAAUGGACCUCCAGCCCCUAUUACUACUGGAGUACCUUCAAUAUUUGAUCCUCUUCCUGCAACAAGUCUUGCACCCACAAGCAUUGCAACUCAUGUUGUUAAAAAAGAGGAGAAACCACCUAUUACAUCUGUUCCACAGACAGUGAACAAGCCUGUUACUGAUGGAUUAAUAAAUAAUACUAUGCCAGUAGAAAAGAAAAUGACACCACCAGAAUCUACUAAAACAUCUGCUGCAAACUUUGCUUCUGCCUUCAAAAACAAGAAUGUCAAGAAUGCAAGUUCUUGGUCAUCCCUUGCACAAGCAUCAUCCCCUCAAAAUUCUUCUGGGCCUAAUACAUCUACCUUAAAAUCUGCAAUGGAUAGCUUUCAUCAGUUCAAGAAACAAGCCAAGGAAAAGAUGGAUAGGCAACGAGCUUUAAUAGAGCAACAGGAGAUGAGACGCCACCAAAAAGAACAGGCUGAAAAAGAGAGAAUGCGAUUAGAAAAUGAACGUAGAAGAGAAAGGGAAGAAGAAGAAGCUCUUGAGAAAGCUAGAAAAGCCGUUCAGGAGCAACAACAGCAGACUCGACAGGAUGACAUGAAAACUCUCCCAACUGAAGGAGGCACCAGUCCUGGACAACAGGUUCAGGAUAAAGCUGCUGGAGAAAGAGAGCGACAAAGGCUAAGAGAGCAAGAGCGCAGGCGAAGAGAAGCGAUGGCGAGUCAAAUAGACAUGAACAUGCAGAGUGAUCUGAUGGCUGCUUUUGAAGAAUCAUUAUAAUGAAGGCAAAAGUUAAUUGAUUUAGUUUAGUGUAAAUGAUAUACUUGUCAAGUCAUUAAUUAUUUUUUGUGAAUGUAUGUUUUUGUAUUCAAGUGAAAUGGACACCAAUGUGAAACUCUUUUAAAAGAAGAACAAUUCUGAAGGAAAUGUGUGUGGACUUGUACAGUAAUUUCAGGAAAAUUCCAGACAUUUAGGGAAGGACAAGACCAGUGGAGUUAAAAAGUGUUGUGCUCCAUAGAACUGGUGUAAUAUAUUAAUUUUCUCCAGGGAUUACCACGUAUGUAUUUGUUUUCUUAUGAGCAUUACAUUGAUGUUGGACAUCUAACCUUACUUAACUUUGUACAUAAUGUAACCUCAAUACAAUAUUCUGAUGUAGUUUUUUGUUGUUAGUUCUUUUGCUUCAAGUGAGGUUAGGUAAAAUCUUUGCAUUAAGUAUAUAUAAAUAUAUAUAUAAGGAUGGCUCUACUUUGCAAUAUAUCCUUCAUCAUUGUCAUAGCUCAUUGAGCGCAUUUUGUAAAUACGUAGUAAGGGAAAAAUAUAAUUGUAAUUUAUUAUUACAUAUUGACCUGUCUUCAAUUUCUUCUUGUGAUCGUGUGUGUUGUCAUGAACACUGCUCUGUAUACUAUUUUCUUUCCCUGUAGUAGCCUUAUACUUCUUUUUAUUAAAGAGAAGUGUAAAAGUGUUAAUUUAGGGUUCCUAUUAUUUUGUAUCUGAAGAAGUAAGUUUCUUUGUCUUGGAUGUGAACUGUAGGUGUGUAUCUGAGUGAAUGCUAGGUAUAUUUAAAAUAUUGCAUUGAAAGUCAAUAGUUAUAUUAUAAAAAUGUCAGUUUGUUAAGGAAUUAUACGGAAACGUACAAUUAAUGUGGAACUAUAUACAUGAGACUUGAGUCAAAGAAAAAAUGCAUAAUGUCCUGAAAUCAUUUAUUUUGCUAACUGUAGUAAGUCAUGUGUAUUUUGGAGGAAAUUGUAUGUCCAUCAAAUUAAGAAAACAUCAAAAGAACAUUGAGGUCUACUGUCUCAGAAAAAUGAUGGAUAAAGAAAUCAAUGUGCAUUUAUUUAGUCCUACUUCUUAUGACAUUGACCUGGUUUACUAUCAAUCGUAGGUUUUCUUCUAGAUCAAAAAAUGGUGUGAUUUCUUUGUUAUUACUGAGUGAGGUAAAAAGUGGUUCACUAAAGAACUUUACAAUUUACACGAGAUAUGAAAUGCUUGUCUUCUCAUUGUUUGUAAAGAUCAAUUCAAAAAUAGACAAAUAUUUGUACAGAAGAUUGUUAAAUGUUGUUCUUAAAUACAAGAAUAGUCCUUUUUAUUUUUAUGAUUUUGUACAUUAUACUUUUCAUGCUAAGGGUAUGUAAUUUAUCCAGCGUCCCAAAAGCGAAAUAUCCUCUGUUAUUACUGACUGAACUUUUGAAAAAUGUAAGGUAUUUAAGGAAACAGUCAACUCUCAUGUUUCUGUGUUUAUUUUCACUCUACAUAUUGCAGUGAUCUUGGGAGUGUUUCCCGAUCCAUAGCUUCCAUAGAAUGCGAAUAUGAUGCUCCACACUCCUGUCGAUAUGCAAUAUUGACGUGAUUACUUAAUAAACAUUGAAUUGGUAGCUGUUAAACAUGCAGGUUGGUUUAAAUGCUUCACCAAAUAAAUGUGGAAAGGUUGUUGUGUACUUAAAAUUUAAGAUCAUGUUCUGAUGUAUGCAAAAUAUUAUUUUUAAUUUUGAAAUUGAUCUAUUGUAAAUAAUAUAAUUUUGUGAAGUCUUAGCAUUGCUUUUGAAGCAUGAGAGUUAACUGUAUAUAGCAGGUAAUAGUGGAUGUGAAUACAUUCCACACUAUUAUAAGAUGAGCUAUUUUCAAUAUUAAAAUAAUGGGAAGUUAUUAUUUGUGAAUCUGUUGAUCUGAGACUUCAUCCAAUGUUCUCUUUCUUUAGUAACUUUGAUGAUACAGCUGGAAGUGUUGCUUUUUGUUUCAAAUGUAUUGUUUUGUUAUUUUUCAUUAAAUAUUGGAAUUAUGAUUUUGGCCAUGUGUUUGUGCUAAAGAGGGAGUGAGAAAGUCUUAGAAAUUUUUUCCAAAUUAAUGGGCGUUGAAAUACCUGUGUUUUGAAUGUGAUUUGUUGCAGAUAUCUUCUGUGCAUUAAAAUAAUUGUGUUAAAAAAUGUAUAAUUUGAAAAAAAAAAUACAUGGACUUAUUGAUAUUUGACUGCCGUUAUUUUUAUUUUUGUUUUUCCACUUAGAGAAUGUUGGUGUUUGACUUGUCAAACGAAGUGUAAACAAAUGCUUAAUAUCCUCUAUUUUCUUUACCUAAUUUAUAUUAAUGAUUAAUAUUUACUGUUAAUUAUAUUGUAAAAUCCUAGAAGAAUUUAUAUUAUUUUGUUAUUUAUAUUAUCUUCAAUUUGGUUGUGAUUUGUUGUUUCAAAGAUAAAAAGGUAGUUCCUUGAUAUUUAACAGUUGUUGAUAUGUUUUUCAUGUAUUCUCUUUGAACAUUGGGUGAAUGCCUCAUUUGUGGCAAGUACCCA